CUUCCAAUGUUUAAGGUUAGUCACGCCAAUCAAAAACAUUUUCCGAGUCACUAAUACAAGUAGGCUUCUUUGAUCAGUGAACUCUGUGUGCAACAUGUCUCCUCUCAACUCCGACGACCUGCACCGGAUUUUCAAGAAGCUUGACCGGAAUGGCGACGGCCUGGUGAGCCUGGAAGAGCUCAACUGGUUACUGGAGAGGAUCGGGAUCCAUGUCCACACGAGCCUGGACGAGCUCCAGGCUCUAGUGGGUAAAACGAGCCUGGACAUCACUGACUUCAUGGUCUUCUACGAAACCAUAAUUAAGGAAAACAUUGGCGAAAGCACGUCGGAAAAGAAGGAUGAUAGUGUGGAGGGUGAUCUUGCUAAGGCUUUUGGGGUGUUUGAUUUGAAUGGCGACGGCUUCAUUUCAUGCGACGAGCUCCAGAAUGUGCUGUCAAGAUUAGGGUUGUGGGACGAGCACAGUGGACAUGAUUGUAGGACUAUGAUCAAUGUCUACGAUACGAAUUCCGACGGGUUACUCGAUUUUGAAGAGUUCAAGAGCAUGAUGUUGGUUACCAAUUCUUAAUCAAGACAUUUAUUAGUUUUUAUGAUGAUUUUUAAGGUCAGCUAUAUAGGCUAGUUUUAUGAUCAAAACUAGCCAUGAUGUUCUCACUAUUACAUGUAUUAUUGUUGCAGUUAUAAUUAGUAAUGGUUUUGGUGAAAAAAUUGAGUUGAGUAAUAUUUGAGGAUUGUUUUUAAUUGCUGUUUCUGUUGCUUUAAGGUAUUAGAAUUUAUAAGGUCAUUAUUACACAGUAGGUGCUAAAAAGACACCAUUAACCUUUA